UGCGACGGCGGCAGCAGUGCCACAUCGUCAGCAGUGCCAUGUCUGCAGUGCCACGUCAGCAGUGCCACGUCGGCAGUGCCACGUCAGCAGCAGUGCCACGACAGCAGUGUGCCACGCCAUCAGGAGUGCCACGUCAGCAGUGGCUCGCCACCAUAACGGUCCCAAUUUUGGGCAUGUUGGGUCAACUGGCCAGCGAGUCCAUUGUCGAGUUCCGACAGUGGAUUCAAUAUCAGCUCGCACAGCUCGAGGUUGAGGAACAACGUCAGGCGGCAGCGAAGGCUGCCCGCCUACAGGCUGAAGUGGAGGCAGCAGCAGAAAAGCAGCGGCUUAAGGCCACUGCUGACGCAAAUGCCCAGCCCCGCCGCAAGCAGACCCAAGAUUUGUUUAGGGGGUCUACCCCUACCAGGUGGCUUGGGAACAGGUGUGUCUCUGUGAUCCAGGAUGUCGUCGACGUCCACGUGGCCAUCCAUGGUUGGGGGCAACAUAGAUCUCCGUCAUGGGAACUGCUCCGUCUCAAUGAAAGGUGCAAGCUUGGAGGCUUGAAAAACAGGUCCGAGCUGGCGAACCUCCAGCGGGCCGUGCGGAACCAUAAGACUCAACAUGAGGAUGCCACACGGGCACUGGACGCCCGUGUACAGGACUUGGAACAAGUUCCACCAAGACCAGAUGCUGGGCCUUCCAGCAGUGCACCCUCUAGCCGCCAACUGGAGGAACUCGUUGACCACGUAGUGGCAAUGCUCGGUGACAUCAGCACCUUCGCUGCACCGACCACCAUCAGCAGUCAGCUGCAUACCUUGAAGACCGAGGUCCAGCAGCUGCAGUUGACGAACGCGGAUGGCAAUAUGAAGUUGUACAAGAUGCCAACUUUCCAACUGGACAAGUUCGACGACUACACGCAGCAGGAUCUGGUCCUCUGGUGGGAAGCAUUCACAACGCAACUCAGGAUUCUGCCCGUCGCCAAGCACGCGUACAUCGGCGCCCUGUUCAUGAACUCAAAGGGCGGAUGCCAGACCUGGUUGACCCACGUGGCAACCUCCCACGACGUCGACGUACCGGACUUGAAGGACAAGAUCACAUGGGAGGAACUGACACGGCUGUGGAAGAAGCGGUUCAUCGUCGACAACGCGCCAGCACUCGCCAUCAACCGUCUGUUCACCAUGUCACAGGGCAACACCACAACACGGGACUGGCUCACGGAGUGGCAGAAGAUUGCGGCAGUACCCAAUCUGGACUUGUCAUUCACGCAUUUACGCCGUGAGUUCUACAACAGGUCCUGUGCUGCAUUGGGCCAGGCUCUUGGUGAUCGCGAGCAGUACUCAACCUUCGCUGAGAUCAUUGACAAGGCGAGGGAGAUCACCAAGACCAACAGGUCAGUUGCACACAAGAAAUCAACAUCAUGGCAGCCGACCUAUGUGGAGAAGGUACGAACUGGUCCACGACAGCAGCACUUCGCUGCAGUCCAGUCGGACAGUGGAGAUAACCCAGCAGCCACUCCAGCAUCAGGUGACGGAGAUCAGGUGGCUGCUGUCCAGCCGCGAAGCAACAAGUCCCACAACAAUGGGAAGGCGAAAUCCACAUCGCAGGCCGGAAAUGGACAGCCAGUACAAGUUCCAUGGGUCAAGUUCAACUUGACCGAGGUGGAGUACAAGUUCCACGGCCGUGAGGCGACUCCACCUUCUACUCCGCCAGAUUCGGCCGCCUUGCUAGCGGCCUCCUGCACAUCUGGGGAGGAUGCGAAUGUCGCAAGUCCUCGGUACACUUACGAGGAUUAUGCUGUCCACUUGGUUCCACCGCUGGACCAACCGCUCCAUGUGCAACAAUCCACCGCAUGCACGGUUUCAUCACCAUCGACAACCGAUUCGGCAGCUUCGCCGCAAUCUAUCGCCAGGGAUUCGACGUCAUGGUCAAGACUUGAAGAGCUCGACCCAUUGACGUUCACGGACUUCCAAUGGAUGCCCGUUCCCUCGGUCGGACGAUUGCCGAAACCGCAUUGCAACGUGCUUAUGGCACAAUUGUGGGAUUACUUGCACACUGUAGUACCAUCUCCGUUGAUGGACGUCGGAGCAAAGGUUGUCGACCUUCACGCCUACAUCGCGAAGAUCGACCGCGAGUUCAAGACGCAACGGCACGACGACAUCGACGCACCAUUGUUAUACGUACGCAUUCAGAUCGGAGAGGCGACCUGCAGCGCCAUGGUCGAUUGUGGAGCUACUCGCAACUACAUCAGCCAGGACUUCAUGGUGCGCGCCGGCCUUGGCCUACGCGUCCGGAGGAAGUCCCAGCCUACGCAAUUCACGUUGGCGGACGGUCACACGCACAAGUCAAUCGACCGGUGCAUCGACGACGUCCCAGUGUACUUCGACAUUCUGGACACCAAAUUCGACAUGAUCUUGGGCAUGUCAUGGCUGCGAAGCAAGGAUCACCCGGUGAACUUCUUCAACCACACCGUUCACGUUCGUGAUCGGAACGGAGUAUUAGUUCCAUGCACAGUGCCUCUUCCUCAUCCUUCGAUCAGCUACCACGUGGUAUUCGCCGCAAGCAUGCGAGCUUCCAUCAUCAGAAACGACAUCGAGGAGAUGGGGGUGUGUUUUCUCCAGGCCCUCCCGCCCCAAGACGCUUCAUCGACGGACUCAUCUUCAGAUCCACGCAUCACCGAGCUUCUCGACGCCUACAGCGACGUGUUCGAAGGCCCGCACGGAGUAGUACCGGAUCGGCCCAUCCGCCACAAGAUUAUCCUCGAGGACGGGGCCGUACCUCCGCGCGGUUGCAUCUACCGAAUGAGCGAGGAAGAGUUAAGUGUGCUYCGCGCACAACUCGACGACCUUCUGGAGAAAGGCUGGAUUCGGCCUAGCUCAUCGCCAUACGGUGCUCCUGUUCUCUUCGUCCGGAAGAAGAACAAGGACCUGCGGUUGCGCAUCGAUUAUCGCAAGCUCAACGCGCAGACGAUCAGGAACGCCGACCCUCUCCCACGCAUCGACGAUCUUCUCGAGCGACUGGGCGGCGCCAAGUUCUUCUCCAAGCUGGACCUCAAGUCGGGAUAUCACCAACUCGAGAUUCGCAAGGAGGACCAUUACAAGACCGCGUUUAAGACGCGAUAUGGGCAUUUCGAAUGGCUGGUUAUGCCAUUUGGCCUUACGAAUGCCCCGGCCACUUUCCAAGCGGCUAUGACCAUGGAGUUCCGACACAUGAUAGAUCGAUACGUACUUAUCUACCUCCACGACAUUCUGGUGUACAGCCGGAGUUUGGACGAGCAUGUGGAACACCUGCGCUGUAACGGGAGUGAGGCUGAGGCCAAGUACAAAGCCAACCGCGACAAGUGCGAAUUCGCGUGGCAGGAGCUGGAGUACUUGGGACACUAUGUGACGCUGCAAGGCAUCCGUCCGCUUGCGGACAAGAUUGAGGCCCUACGAGUAUGGCCCGAGCCCACCAACACCACGGAUGUUCGUUCAUUCAUGGGAUUGGCGGGCUACUAUCAGCGAUUCAUCAUCGGAUAUUCCAGGAUUGCUGCACCUAUGACGAGGUUACAGUCGCCAAAGGUGCCAUUCGUAUUCGAUGACGACGCACGCCGGUCAUUCCAAGCACUUAAGACGACUMUGCUUAUGGCACCCGUCCUUAGCAUCUAUGACCCCACCUUGCCGACGAGAGUGACUACGGACGCUUCCGGCUAUGGCAUUGGGGCAGUCUUGGAACGGCACGAUGGCGACGAUUGGCACCCUGUGGAGUAUUUCAGCCACAAAGUGUCUCCCAUCAACUCGCUUGAUGAUGCAAGGAAGAAGGAGCUACUCGCGUUCGUCAUGGCUCGCAAGCGAUGGCGGCACUUCCUCCUUGGGCGUCGUAGGUUCACAUGGGUUACGGACAACAAUCCAUUGACCUACUACAAGACGCAAGAUACGGUGAGCAGCACGAUCGGACGAUGGAUGUACUUCAUCGACCAAUUUGACUUCACACCGAAACAUCUUCCCGGCCUCUCAAAUUGCGCAGCAGAUGCACUCUCGCGAAGACCUGAUCUUUGCGCUAUGACACAUCAUGCCUUCGCAUUCGACGAGGAGCUUCAGCGACACUUCAUCCGGGCAUACCAGUCGGAUCCGGACUUUGUCACGCUAUAUGCACAGCUAUCUUCGGAUCACCCGGCGGCCAGCCAUUACCACAUUGCCGACGGGUACUUGCUCCUCCACUCGAGAGGCAAGGAUUUACUGUGUGUCCCACACGACCGUCGUCUUCGGACUCGCCUCCUCGGCGAGUAUCAUGAUUCACGACUCGCAGGCCAUUUCGGAGUCAACCGCACUAUUGCACGGCUUCGACAGCGAUUCCGAUGGCCUGACCUCAUUACCGAUGUCACUCGGUAUUGCGACUCGUGCGAAGUUUGCCGACGCAGCAAACCCCGCAACCGCAAUCCCUAUGGCGAGUUACACCCGAUGCCUAUUCCACGGGAACCCGGUCUCUCCAUUGCUAUGGACGUCACUGGUCCAUUUCCUCGCGCUUGUCUCGGGCACGACGGCAUCCUCACGGUUGUGGACCGAUUGAGUAAGUACGCGCGUUUUCUCCCUUGCAAGUACUACUCCACGGCUCCCGAGCUGACACGCCUCUUGCACACUGGUUGGAUUUGUGGCUACGGUGUACCAGAAGACAUUGUCAGUGACCGCGAUACUCAUUUCAUGUCAGCAUUUUGGACUGCUCUCAUGCAGGAGUCCGGCACGAUGAUGAAACCAAGUUCGGCUCGGCAUCCACAGACAGACGGGCAGACGGAGCGGGCACAUCAAACCGCUCAAAUGAUGCUUCGUACGCUCAUCCGUCCGGACCAGAAAGAUUGGGUUGACCGCCUCCCCGACAUCGAGUUCGCCUACAACACUUUGGUGCACCCGGCAAUCAGCGUGACUCCAUUCGAGUUGCACCACGGUGGACGGAAAGGCCGUAUCUUCGCCAACCUUCUCCUCCCUCGACCAGCCGACAUCGACGCCGCUUGCUCCCCUGCUUCCGUUCGAAAGUACAGGGAAUUGUUGACUCAAGCCCGCACGAACAUGCAAAAGGCUCAAGUCCGCAUGCAGCAGCAAGCCAACAGGCGUCGCGUGCCAUGUCCUAUCCGCGCCGGUGAUCUGGUUUGGGUCUCYGCGGAAGAGUUUGCACUGGAACAGGAUGUUUCACGCAAACURCUUCCCAAGUGGUUUGGACCAUGGUCUGUGACAGCAGCCGCGGUCGAUGAGCCCGAUGGCCCUUCAUUUGUGAUCAACAUUCCAGAGCAUCUGACGGUCCAUCCAGUCUUUCAUGCCUCGAAGCUGGCAACUUACACGCCAGCCAAGAGCGACGACUUUCUCGGCCGACGAUCGCAGGACCCUCCUAUGGAUGCUCAUCAAGAAGUUGACCGUGUCAUCACCGAUCGCAAGUACGACAGCAAGCCGCGGCAGUAUAAAGUCACAUUCAAAGCAUGCGAUCGCGACGACACUCGGUGGAUUCCAGACGCAUAUUUGAAAGCAUCCCCACUGCUCAUCUACGCGCAUUAUGAAAAGCGGAGAUUAGCUCAGGAAGCUUCACGACCAGCCCCUCCCACCCGGACUGUGGUCCCUCCCUCAGACAGAUAGCUUCGCCCUCGCAGGUAAGCUCGGUCUUUCAAGGAGGGGGGGGUGUGGCAUACUGCGUAGCCACAUGGGC